AUGAUACAAAAAGAUCUAAUAUAUUACUUUUUUGCUUUAGGAGUCUUUGUUGAAGGUGUGACAGGUGUGAUCAUCACUCAGCAGACUGUGGUGGCAGCAGUGGGGGGAGAUGCUCAACUCAGCUGUCAGCUCUUGGACAACAAAGAUGUUGUUCAAGUCACAUGGCAGAAAGUUUUACCAAAUGAGAAAAAGGGUGUUGCUUUCUGUAACCAAGAAAUGGGUCCAGUAAUAGACCCUGACUUCAGUGAAAAAAUCAAGUUUAACGAGAUUGAAGUGUCGACCACUUCCAUCAUCAUCAUCAUGGACAUAACGGAGCAGGAUGAAGGAUGUUAUCGCUGUAUCUUCAAAACCUACUCAGUGGAUGUUCUGAUUAACAGAACUUGUCUCCAGAUCUAUGAGCUGCAUGAACCCGUCCUUCAUGUGGAAGAAUCAAAGUCUCCUGAAGAGACACGUGUGUCCUGUUCAGCCACGGGUCGACCUGCUCCGACUGUAACGCUGACCGCUUCACAACAUCCUCUCUACUCACACAACACCGUCAGUGUCAACAACACCAACGGUACAGUCACCGUCACAACUACAGCCCUGCUGUCAGGUUUCCAUGGCAACAGCACACAGGUUGGAUGUGCAGCGGGAGCACCGUCUGGUCCUCAGAAAGAUGUGUUCAUGAUGAUUCCUGGGAAGAAACAGAGAUCUGUUGAUGGUUUGGAUGAAGAAUCUGGAUCCAAUCAGCGAUCAAGUAAGUUCAUGUUCAGGUGAUUUUGUAUUUGGUUU